AUGGCAAGCCAGUUCUGCCUCCCUCUUGCCCCACGCCUUUCACCCCUGAAAGCCUUGAAGUCGCACUUCAGAGACAUCCAAGUUGGCAUCUGCCUGGCGAUCCAGCGCAGUGACAAGAGGAUCCAUCUUGCUGUAGUCACAGAGAUCAACAGAGAAAAAUCUUGGGUCACAGUUGAGUGGAUUGAGAAAGGAGUCAAGAAAGGCAAGAAGAUCGAUCUAGAGUCCAUAUUCCUGCUGAAUCCAGCUCUGGCCUCUGCAGAACAUACCACCACGUUGCCUAGGCCCUUGCCCUCAUUGUCCCUAGUACCCUCCAAGGCCAUUGGAGAUCAGCGUACAUCCCCAAGGUGGAUUGUGGUUGCCCCCCAGAAAAAUGAAACACCCUCAGGGGACAGCUCGGUCCUGGGGGUCCCCACCAGCCCUUGUCUGAUGAAGCGGAAAAAGUCUCCUUGCCUUCGGGAAAUCGAGAAAUUGCAAAAGCAGAGGGAGAAGCGCAGGCGCCUGCAGUUGGAGAUCCGAGCCAGACGCGCCCUCAACGUCAACACCGGAAACCCAAACUUCGAGAUCAUGCGCAUGAUCGAAGAGUGCCGCAGACACACGGACAAAAGCAAGAUGUCCAUCAUGCAGCCCCUGGAAGAUCACCGGAUCUGUGUCUGCGUGAGGAAGAGACCUCUUAAUCAGCGAGAGACCACCAUGAAGGACCUGGAUAUCAUCACCAUCCCCUCUGACAAUGUAGUCAUGGUGCACGAGUCCAAGCAGAAGGUGGACCUCACCCGCUACCUGGAGAACCAGACCUUCUGUUUCGACCAUGCUUUUGAUGACAAGGCCUCCAAUGAGUUAGUGUACCAGUUCACUGCCCAGCCACUGGUGGAGUCUAUCUUCCGCAAGGGCAUGGCCACCUGCUUUGCCUAUGGACAAACGGGCAGUGGGAAAACGCACACCAUGGGCGGAGCCUUUUCUGGAACGUCUCAAGAUUAUUCUAAAGGUAUUUACGCCUUGGUAGCGCAAGACGUCUUUCUCUUGCUCAAAAACUCCACUUACGAGAAUCUGGAUCUCAAAGUCUAUGGGACCUUUUUUGAGAUUUAUGGUGGCAAAGUAUAUGACUUGUUGAACUGGAAGAAGAAGCUCCAAGUCCUUGAGGAUGGUAAUCAGCAAAUGCAAGUCGUCGGGCUGCAGGAGAAAGAGGUGGGUUCCGUGGAGGACUUGCUGAACCUGGUGGAACUGGGAAACGGCUGUCGGACUUUGGGACAAACGUCUGUCAAUGCCCACUCAUCCAGGAGCCACGCGGUAUUCCAGAUCAUCUUGAAGUCUAGAGGGAAACUGCACGGCAAGUUCUCUCUGGUUGAUUUAGCUGGGAACGAGAGGGGAGCAGACACCGCCAAGGCCAAUCGCAAGAGGCAGCUGGAAGGGGCGGAGAUUAACAAGAGUCUCCUUGCCCUCAAAGAAUGCAUCAGGGCUUUGGGUCAGAACAAACCUCACACCCCUUUCAGAGCCAGCAAACUCACGCAGGUGCUCCGGGACUCCUUCAUAGGCCAGAACUCUUCCACUUGCAUGAUUGCUACCAUCUCACCAGGGAUGACCUCUUGUGAAAACACCCUCAACACUUUAAGAUAUGCAAACAGAGUGAAAGAAUUAGCCCUGGAUGUAAGGCCUUACCACCAAUGCCUGACUCCCAUUAAACAUGAGACACCGCCCAUGUUUGAAAAGCACAUUAGGAAUUCAGAAAUAUCCCUUCAGAGGGAAGAGCUUGUUAAAAUAUCGUGUAUACAGAGUGAGGAGGAGAAACGGAGUGAAGCGAUUGCAACACUAGCCACGCCAUUAAUAAGGGAGGCAGUGACUACAUGGAAGGAUUCUAGUUCGUGGUGGGAGAGCAUCCAGGAGACAGCUAAUGGCGUGAACUAUGAUGUUGACUUUUGCAUUGCCCAGUCAUUGUCCGUUUUGGAGGAGAAAAUUGGUAUUCUGACUGAGAUCCAAACGAAACUGAAAUUAUUAAGAGUUGACCUCCAAAACCAAGAGCAAGGUAGAAUGAAGCCAAAGGCAAGCCAUCAGGACUGA